UUAAAACACACAGAAGAAAUGCCACUUGGCAUUUCAGCAUUGAACAGUAAGAAAUCUGUUGAUCACACAAAGCGUAAACAGGUUAAUCCUGUUUAUCAUACAAGCACUGAAGAUAAAUUAUUUGUAAAAGAAUUGAACCUUCAGGUUGAUAACAUAUGCACAGAUUCAAUUACAAAUGGUAAUUUGAAACAGGAAUAUUUCCUCAAUUUGGAAGACUUGUACUGGAUUUAUCACCAUUUGGAAGAGCGCAACAAACUGAAAAAUAGUUCAGAUAAAAUGUAUUUUCAUGAACUUUUUGAAGGUUCUGAAAUACUUCUCCCUGAAAAUGAAGAGAUCCCCAGGAACAAGGAACUUGAAAAGAGGUGUCAAAAAUUGAGGGAGCAACAAGAAAAUAAAGAAUAUAAAAAUAUAACAAAAGAUGUUGAUAGUAUUAGGCGAAAACUUCCAGAAGAUACCAUUUCAUACCAAUUGAAGCAACUCAAUAAACAAUUAAUUGCUGUUUUCCAAUUCGUAUUGUCUGUUGCUGCAGGCUUUGCAUUUGGAUUUAUAGGAAUUGAACUUAUAGUAGGUAAUUUGGAUUUUGGUUUUAGACUUUUAUUAGGUAUAAUGUGUGCUCUAAUCAUUGCUUUGGCAGAACUGUAUUUCUUAGCAAAAAAAUUAAAUGAAGAUUUGCAAUUUGAUGUAACAGAAAAGCAAAAGGCCAAACAUUCGAAAAUUGACUAGUAUUAGUAUGAAACAAUAAUGAAUUCCCCCUUUUAUUGUAUAUUUUAUGUAAAAUAUUACACUAUUCUUAUAAAAUAUAUGUAAUAAUUUACAGUU